AUGAAGCUUUCAGUAGCUGUCAUUUCUGCAGCUCUUGCUGCCAGAGAACCAGAUGCAGGUCGUCGUCUUGCAAAAAUCACCGAAAAAGCCAACGAGCUCCUUGGCUACUCUGAGGACUCCAGCGCGUCGGACAGGAAAAAAGAGCAGGUCGCGAAAUGGAUCGGAAAAAUGCUCGACUCGAUGAACAAAAUCGACGUUUCAGCUUGCCCCGUCCCCGGCGUCGACGAAGACCGAUUCGCCGUCGACGAUGACUUCAGCGAACUCUGCGAGGGAUCUGGAAAACUUCCAUCGAUGAUGCGCUCUUAUGCACGAAAAUUCGGCUGCGACGAUGGAUUCCCGAAGAAGAAAUUUCUCGACAGAUUCGUGAGAAAAUCUCACAAGCUGAAGAACGUCAUCCGAAAAGCCGGAAAAUGCCCCGGCGGAGUUGUGCCAGACCCAAGCGAUCCAACUGAUGCUCCUGUCACUAGUUCUCCGAUCGCCAGCGCUUGUCCUGAAAACUUCUGGGCCGAUUGCGACGAUCUCGACAAUACAGAAAUCUACUUCACCAACGAGUGGACCUGCCGAAACUGCUUCCGAGUUAGAGCAACGUACGGCCAAAACACCAAUUUCAAUUCUUACUUCAGCGCGGCUCGAGGCGACUUCGUCAGCGUAAGAUUUACGGAGCCCGUUGUUUGGCAAACAUGGAACCAUCCCGUCAGUGCUGUCACCGAAGUUGGCAAUGACAACACUUUCAAAAUCGACUUCAAGCCAGAUGGAAACUUCAUGUCUGGCAUGCUCUUCGAAGGAAAUCUCCAGACUUCGGACGACGAUCUUUUUGUCGACGGAAACUGGAUCAUCGAAUCAGCCCAGCACUGUCGCUGCCGACCUGGAACAACGACAACUCCAACAACUACUCCGGACACGACUCCGGAUACGACUCCGGAAACUCCGGAAACUCCACCACCAUGUGGGAAUGCCUUCAACGAAGUUGAAUACUACGUUGACUGUGAUGACCAAACCUGGACCACGAUCAAAAUUGAGCAGAGAGAAAUCGAAGGCGACUUGCUCCAGCUGACAAUGUACCAAGACAGAGUUGCUCUCGGAAGCAAUUUCAUCAACCCACUGAGCGCUUAUUCCGGCCCAAUUACUGUCUACGGGUCUAACCCGUUCCACAGCUCCGCUAGUCUUUUCAAAAUUCGAAAUUUCUGGCACACAUCUGAGCCCUACAUUGGUCCCCCUUGUGUACCUGUCGACCCCUGUGUCGGUCUUGACAAUUGCGAGACUUACAUUGACAGCUGCAUGAUCGCUCCCUUCGCUGGAAACCAGAUCGCGACGACAAAUGGCUACGAGCAAUUCAAAAUAAGUGCGGAAGUUCGAUGCACUGACCGACGCGCUCCAACGUGGGAGAAUGUUUUGCAUGUCAACACGGGCACUAGUCGCGAAGUUUUUGGAGAUCGCUACUUCACAAUUUGGAAGAAGCAAGGAUCUGUCAACGAAAUUCGAAUCGUCGCUCCUGUUCUUGGCAAUCCCAAUGAUGAGUUGAACGCUUACGUCAACUGCGAAGAAGGAUGGCAUACAUUCGCUGUCCAACAAACUGCUGUCGAUAGACGACAGAUGAACGUUGAAAUUCUCUUCGACGGAGAAGUAAUCGAGAGCCAACUCGUUCGAAAGCAGGAUGUUUUCAACGGCUCCUUGAAUGUUGAAGUUGCUUCUGACUUUGGCUGGCCAGCUGCCACUGAUCACUACGUCCGAAACUUCAUCCACCAAGAUUUGUCUUGCCCAGAUCCUUGCUUCGGUGAAGAAAACUGCGAAACUUUCGUUGACGCUUGCGAAAUUUUCCCAAGUGCUUCAAACCAGCUUUCCACAAUCCAGGCUUCCGCUAAUUUCAAGGCAUCGAUCGACAUUCAGUGCAAUCACAACAUGGACAUGGGUCGAUGGUUGAACAUCUUCCACAUGAGCGCUGGAGGCGAAGCUGGUAACCCAGGAGAUCGAUUCUUUGCUGCUUGGAGACAGCCAAAUGACCAGCGACUGUAUUUUGCUCGAGGAGUUCCACAUGGUGGAUUCGCUGAGUACAAAAACGUCGACUGUGUUGAUGGAGAGUGGAACACCUACACUCUCGAACAACGACAAGAUGAAGACUCUCCCGACACCGUCAGAAUGACUUUCUCAAUUGACGAUGAAGUUGUCACAAACAACGUCUACCCGACCAGCGAUGUUUUCACUGGAUCCGUCGAUGUCUUCUCCUCAAGAAAGUCUAACCCUGCGGAUGUUGCUUCUGAAUUUGCCGUACGAAAUUUCUUCUACCAAACCUUCGAAGAAGUCGAGCCUCGAGUAUGCGAAGAUCGAUCUGACCCAUGCGACGGUCUCGAAGACUGCCAAACUUUCAUCGACUCUUGCAUUGCCAACCCAUCGGCAAGCAACAAUCUCGGAAGCAUCGAAACAACUGAGAACUUCAGAACCUCGAUUGAUAUCCAAUGCAAUCACGGUAUGGACAUGGGAAGAUGGCUCAACAUCUUCCACAUCAGCGCUGGAGGCGAAGCCGGAAGCCCAGGAGACCGAUUCUUUGCUGGAUGGAGAAAGCCUAAUGAACAGCAAUUGUACUUCGCUCUCGGUGUUCCAGAAGGAGGAUUUGCUCAGUACAAAACUUUUGACUGCGUCGAUCAAGAAUGGAACACCUACGUUCUCGAACAGCGACAGGACUCAUCUAACCCAAAUAUCGUCGUUUUGACUUUCUCGAUUGACGGAAAUGAAAUCGCAUCAUACAGUUACGCAACUUCUGCUGUUUUGUCCGGCACCAAUGUCGAUGUUUUCUCAUCCAGAAAAACUGCUCUCGUUGAUGUCGCAUGGAACUUUGCUGUUCGAAAUUUCUACCACCAAUAUUUCGCCCUUGACGUUCCAGCUCCAUGCACUGCUACCGAUCCUUGCCAGGACGAAGACGAUUGUCAGACCUUCAUCAACUCCUGCGAGGCCUUCCCUGCGGCAAGCAACCAGCUUGGAUCAAUCAACACCAGUGUCAACUUCCGAACUUCUAUCGAUAUUCAAUGUUCCCACAGCAUGGAAAACGGACGAUGGCGAAAUAUUUUCCACAUUAGCGCUGGAAAUGAAGCCGGAAGCCCUGGUGAUCGAUUCUUUGCUGCAUGGAAGAGGCCAAACAAUCAGCAAUUGUACUUCGCUCUCGGCGUUCCAGAAGGAGGAUUUGCUCAAUACCAAACGCUCGAUUGCGUCGAUGGCGAGUGGAACACUUACGCUCUUGAACAGCGACAGAACGAAGUCAAUCCAAACAUGGUCGAACUAGUCUUCACCAAAGAUGACGUCGAAAUCGCCUCAUACAACUACGAAAGCGCCGCCGUUCUCUCCGACACAAACGUCGAUGUUUUCUUGUCCCGAAAAUCACGAAAUGAUGAUGUCGCCUGGAAAUAUCCAGUCCGAAACUUCUUCCAUAAAUCUUUUGAUCUCGUCUCCCCUGCUCCAUGCACUUCAAGCGAUCCUUGCGACGGUGUUGAUGACUGCCAGACCUUCAUCGAUUCCUGCGAGAGCUUCCCUUCAGCUGGAAAUCAGCUCGGAUCUAUCAACACCAGCGUCAACUUCCGAACAUCCAUCGAUAUCCAGUGCAGCCACAGCAUGGACAACGGCCGAUGGCUGAACAUCUUCCACAUCAGUGCCGGAAACGAAGCAGGAAACCCCGGAGACCGAUUUUUCGCUGCUUGGAAGAGGCCAAACAACCAGCAACUUUACUUUGCUCUCGGUGUUCCAGUCGGCGGUUUCGCCCAAUACAAAACUCUUGACUGCGUUGAUGGCGAAUGGAACACUUACGUUCUUGAGCAGCGACAGGAUAAGAGCAAUCUCGACACAGUUCAAAUUGUCUUCUCUAGAGAUGGAGAGGAGAUUGCUUCCUACACAUACGAUGCCGCCAUUGUUCUCUCUGACACCAACGUCGAUGUUUUCUCUUCCCGAAAGACGAACAACAAUGAUGUUGCCUGGCUCUACCCCGUCCGAAAUUUCUUCCACCAAUCCUUCGAUUUCUGCGAAGAUCCUUGUGCUGGCGAAGAAAACUGCUCUGUCAUCGUCGACUCUUGCGAAAUCAAUCCUUCCAAAAACAACCAAGUCGCAACCGCACCUGCUGCGUUGAACUACAAAAUGUCAGCUGAUGUUUUCUGCGCUGAUUUGUACACCGUAAGCAACCCGUGGAUUAAUAUUGCCCAUGUGACUGGAGGAGAUGAUCACAGCUCACCCGGAAGUCGAAACUUUGCGAUCUGGAGACAUCCAAGAGAAAACAAGCUCCACUUCCACACCAACAACCCCAACGGCAACCACAAUGACCACUCUGACUACACACCGUUCGUUUGCACCCCUGGCGAGUGGAACACAUUCACCAUCGAAGUUAGACAAGCUGAAGAGGCCCCAUUGGCGCUCAGAUACACUGUCAGCAUUGACGGCGCUGAAGUGAAAACCGGACUUUACUCCUCAACAGGAGCCUUGACUUCUGGAGAUCUCCAAUUUUUCGUUGGGGAUCCUUGGUACAACGCAGCUUCUGGCUACUUCGUUCGAAACUUCAUCUACCAAACGUUUGAAGACCGAGUUGUCAGUUGCGAUGAUCCAUGCGAAGGAGAAGAGAACUGUGUUUCCGUUGUUGAUUCUUGCGGCGUCAACCCAACGAAGAACACUGAAGUUGCCACAGCGCCUGCUGCUCUCAACUACAAAAUCUCAGCUGAUGUGUUCUGCGCCGAAUUGUACACAGUUAGCAACCCAUGGAUCAAUGUCAUUCACGUGACUGGAGGCGAUGACAGGGGCACACCCGGAAGUCGAACCUUCGCUAUGUGGAGACACCCAAGACAAAAUAAACUUCAUUUGCAUACGAAUAAUCCAAAUGGCAACCACAACGACCACUCAGACUACACCCCAUUCGUUUGCACCGCUGGCGAGUGGAAUAACUUCUCCGUCGAAGUCCGUCAAGUCGAAGGCUCUCCCUCGACCCUCAGCUACGUCGUGAGCAUCGAUGGAACUGAAAUGAAGACUGGCACUUACUCCUCGACCGGAGCCUUGACUUCUGGCGAUCUCCAGUUUUUCGUUGCUGAUCCAUGGUACAACUCUGCUGAUGGUUACUUCGUCAAGAACGUUGUCUACCAGACAUUUGAAGAGAUCUAA